AUGGUGUUCGGCUACAUCACAUCAGUUGCUCCGAAUAGAAUGGUUGUCUUCAAGCUUAUAUCGAUUUACAGAACAGCUGCUGGGGGUUUCAUGGCGCUAUCCCAAUUAGUCGUCAUAUUUUUUGGAUACUGUGACUUCAAAAUCAAAGGAUAUCACAUUACUUCUUACAACGCACCAACAUUUGCCUCUGGUUUUAUAAUUCUUACAGUAUGCUUCCUACUAAUUGUUGUUUUAGAGAAUCCUGAGGUAAAAUCUAAUAACUUACAAAGCAAAAGCUUUCUUGGUGCUUUGAAAAAAUUCUUUACCGCUGGAAGAGAAAGACUUAUCUCCUGUUUGAUCUUAUUAUGGAGUAUGUUCUUAUCAUCAUUUGUUAUGAGUGAAGUAUUCUACUUUAUGCCACUUUUUCUCACACUCCACGUUGGAUGGGAUACCAAAUUUCAAAGCGUGGCAUUUAUGGUCGCCUCUAUGCUUGGUAUUACUGGAAGUUAUUUUGCCCCAAAACUGAUAAGCAUCAGAUAUUUUUGCAAAAGUGCUGAAGAAGACGAUGUGAAGGAGUCGGGCACGACUGACAAUGAAAAAUUAGAGGUGGACAAGAAAGAUUCGCUGUACUCCAAGCAAGUUUAUCUGUCCAUCUCUGCAUUAUUUCUUUUAUUGGUAGGACAAGCUUUUAUGAUUGGAGCAUAUGAAGCUCUGCAACACAAAUGUUUGCCGGCCACCAACUCUGGUAUAUUUUUUGCCGCAGGAAUAUCAAUUACAUUGCUAGGGUAUAACUUUUUGGCUUCCAGCAUUCCUGCAAUUUUUUCCAUGUAUAUUGACCCAACGCUUAAGGUUCAAUUGAUGCCUUCAAUUGGAGCCAUCUCUGGGGUUGGUAAAUUGGCGGCGCCUAUUGUGCUGGCUCCUCUUUAUAAAACAAGAUUAGGGCUUUCAAUUGCGGUUGGAUUUUGCAUGAUUUUGGUAGCUGUUUCGAUCCUACCACUAAUCUGGCUCAGAAAGAAAAGAUGCUGA